AUGCUUCUCACCAAAUCCAAGCUCUUAGCCGUCGCCGUUUUCUUUGAAUCCGGGAGGUGCCAGCACCAACUUAAUAUUCCACCCAUACCAAAAGACAGCCACACAAUACCGCACGACUUCCAAUCCAUCUCGAUCGAGUUUGCAUUUUUCCCUGAUUAUGCAGGAAACAAGUCUCACCCAAACCACUUUACCAAGAAUCUGCUUCACAAUUUCAAGUCAAUCACAGGAGUUGCGCCGAAAGUACGGGUUGGAGGAACUUCUCAGGAUCAUGCAACUUACUAUCCCGAGCAAGAAUCCAACAUUGAUCUUGUUUACCAGAAUCCCGGUGACGAUCAGCCUAUCCAGAUUAACUAUGGUCCGGCGUUUUUUGAAUCAUAUCACACACUGGGCGAGAUCAAGUACUUGCAUGGACUGAACAUGAAUCAGAAUACCUCGGUGGAGCAGCUUGAGAUGUCUGCUAUGGAUGCUUGUACGGCCCUUGGGCCUCAGCUCCAUCUCUUCGAGUUGGGUAAUGAGUUCAACUUUGCUCCUGGGAAAUAUCGCGCCUCCAACUACUCGCUCCUCGACUAUGCUAAUGAGUGGAACUUGAAGUCGGAGAUUGUGAAGACUGCAGCGGAUAAAGCCUGUCCUGGUUCAUUCCCUGGUUUCAUGGCACCCAGUCUGGUGUUGCUUGACAACAUUGUCAACACCACCUGGACGGGCGAGGAGCUGUACAGCCUCGGUUAUGAUGAAAAUAAUUUGACCCGAGAGCUUUGCUUCCACAAGUUUGUCGCUCCAUCUCUCCUUCAAUCGCUGGAGCGUUCUGUGCUAAUAUUAGAUUUUAAUAGUUACAUGGGUGUCAAUUCCCCGCCGCAGCUCCCUGCACCGUUCGAUCUCCAGCGUAAGGCUACGGCUCUUGGCAUUUCUUGGGCUCUACUAACCAUCGCAGGAACUCUCAUGAACCACACAAGCAUUGUCCAAAAUCUCCAGCAGCAGAUCCAGCGUGCAGACAACCUCGCCUAUCUUGGCCUCCCGUAUACCCUGGGCGAGCUCAACUCGAUUGCCAACCAAGGCCGGAACGGAGCAACCAACGUAUUCGGCGAUGCAUUAUGGCUGGUGGACUUCUCUCUCUGGGCAGCUGAACAUGGUAUGAAGCGCCUGCAUUUCCACCAAGGCCUAAACUAUCGAUAUGCAUCCUGGCAGCCAAUAGGCAUCCAAGACGUCCCUCCCACUACGAGGCCCCUUUACUACGGCCAGAUCAUGGUCGCCCACGCCAUCGAAGACCCCCACUCCCGCAUUGUUAACAUCCCGCUCGCAGACGACACCGAGUCCGCAUAUGCCAUUUACAACGGCACACAGUUGUCCAAACUGGUGAUCACCAACAUGCGGGCCUUCAACCAAACGACUAUCAACCGCCCGAUCAGGAAAUAUGAGUUCACACUGCCUGCGUAUCAAAGCGCCCGAAUCGACCGUCUCAUUGGUCCUGGCAGCGACGCAGUGGGGAAUAUCACUUUUGGUGGCAUUUCGUAUGAUCAUGCACUCGACGAAGGCAAGCCGGUCCGAGUGCGGUCGGAAGAGACGACUAGGAUCAAGCAUGGUGUGCUGAGGGUCGAGGUGCCCGACUCAUCUGCUGUUCUGAUUACUCUGUUGAGUCCUGGUCAUCAUCAUGCAUGA